AUGUCCUCCUUUAGCUCCAUGCUAAAGGCUAUCAAAUGCAAAAAUGUCUGGGUCUGGAAGAAUGCAUGUUUGUCAUGCUUGUCUGGCAUGACUCGAGAAUCUGUGUUGCAUAGGCACGAAAGAGCCCUGCUAACUGUCAUGCGAAAAGGCAGUUUGCCAUGCGGAAUACGUAAGACAUGGCAGCCACUAAAUUUGUCAUGCAUAGCUGCGUACUGCGGCGCGUCUAUCAUUCACUUUUAGCAUUACAAGUGUCCAGACCCAGACAUUUUUGCAUUUGAUAAAGGCAAACGCAGAGAAAAAAAGGAAAGAAAAGAGGAAGAAGGAACAAGAAAAUAAUUAUUCGGUCGUGGAUCAAGGACAGCCACAGCCGGGAGAAGUCGUGGGCGACAAGGCGAUAGAGACGGUGGUAUCCACUCUUGCAAAUAUGUCUGGGUCUGGAUGAUUGCGAGGUUUGUCAUGCAGUUUUUCCGAGCUCCACAGGGUCGGGAAUGCGGGGCUUGGCAAUACAGGUUCUAGAGCCCCUCGAUGAUGCUUAUUCUGCAUGAGAAAUUCCCCACCAGCAGGGCAAGAAGUUGGCAAUUUUUGCAAGUCAUGCAACACAGAUUUAUUUCGUGUGAGCCACAAGAGGCAUGACAAGUUCACUCUUUCCCAGAGGACCCAGACGUAUUUGCAGUUGAUAGGUGGGAGUAGAAAGCAAAUCGCAGUGCUCUUCAGGUGGAAGUAGGAAUGGUCUGGAUAACAGUAGCAUGCUCGCAGAUUCCUCCAAUAUAAUUCGGUCGCCAACCGAAACGGCGACGGCUGCGGAUAAUUUUACAGGGCUGAAUUACAGUUAUGUGGAGCAAGAGAGCACUAAUUUCCUGAACCUAUCUGUCCCGAGCGUGAAACCCGAUGCGCUUCUUGACGAUUCGUUUUCGUCCACUCGAGGUGAGUUAUUUGCUGGUGUUGUUUCUCCUCCACUAGUGCAUCACCACGACUACACGAAUUUUUACCCUAGAAGUUGUACAACCGCCACCCCGCCGCCGAUCGGGGGAAGUAAUAUCCCGACGAACGACGCCAGCGGUAGUUCCUCGAGUAAGACCAGCGCGACCACUGUUGAAGACCAGGGUGCUACUAGUAGUGCCUCGACAUCAUCUGCGUGUCCUGCAACCACCACCACCAAACUGCCUCUGCAACAAGGUAGUGAAGCCGUCCGGAAUUAUCCACCCUACCCGGAGUUUGGGCACGAGGAUUUUUCGGUGAGCUACGACACCAUCGGGGACUACAGCUACAUAUGGAUUGCAAAAAUCUCUGGGUCUGGAAGAAUGCAGGAGUUUGUCAUGCAGAUUUUGCAUAACCCAUGAGGCCUGUGAUGCAUGCCCCAGCAUCAGAGAUUUUGCGAGGGCUUUCUGAUGCUCAUACCGCAUGAGAAAUGCCCUCUCCGCGUGGCACAAAUUACACCUCUUUUGCUGUUCAUGCAAUACAGAUUUUAUGUAGAGUCCAAAGGUAGCAUCACAAGUUGCAUCCUUCCAGACCCAGACAUUUUUGCAGUUGAUACUACAUGGAGAAGUACCACUACUACGAUGCGCGGUACGGGUACGAAACGAGUGAGCAGCAAGAAAAGCGGUAUUCUGAACAAAAACGUCGCCACCCUAGAGUCAAGUUGGGAACCCGGCAAUACAAGUCCAGGAGUUUUUGGAGUCGCGCAUGACAAGUUUUUGUCUGUAUUAUAGCGCAAGUGACUAGCAAGGACAAGCGCAUCAUAAAUCCAUCUGCUCACUCUUUUCACAGCAGUAUAAAUGCCAAAAAAUCAAGACUAGAAAUUUAUGCCUCUCAUGGGGAAGAUGCGCAAUGCAAGCGUUUUCCUGUAAUUGCAAAUCCGCAUGACAACUUCGGGGUGGGGACGGUUUUCCUCAGGAUAAGCGGUCGCAGCAGAUCCGGGAGAGUUUGCGGAGGGAGAUAUCGGAAGGAAAAAUCCCCCCUCCCCAUAAGAAAGGGAAACUUGCGAUGCUGGAUUUGUGUACACAAAUCAGCCUUGUAUUGCAGGAAGGCAUUGCGUCCAGAUCCCCAGUCUAGGUAGGGGCGUUUGGGUCUAGGUGUUCAGCAUUACAAGCGGCUGCCCUGUAGGCCCAACAACAUGACAAAUCGCUUCAAUAAUGGGACGCAAGCAUCUGCCCUUGUCUUCUUGCAAGACAAAUGUGAUUUGUGACUACAAAUCAGCAACAGAAAUUUUCGGAAAUAUGGGGAGGGGGGAUUUUUCCUCACAAUAGGAGAAGAUGCAGGAGAUGGAAUCCGCGUCGGGACAAGGGGGUGUUGGUGCAGCUAUUUUUAUGCAUUGCAAAUAUCCCUGGAUGUCUACGAACUUGUGAUGCUGAGUGGCGAUGAGUGAGCAUACUCGUGAGUGGAGCGCAGCAUGCCAAAUUCUGAGGACGCUUUCUGACGCAUAAUGCGCAUUAGAAACUAUGCUUUUGCGUGACAAAACGGGGCUUGUUUUUGUUAGUUAUGCAAUACAGAUUUUAGUUUUACAGGAAUCUACGACACACAAUAGAUACAGGUUCCACUUUUAUUCCAGACCCAGACAUGUUUGCAAUGCAUAGCCAUGAUGCCGAAACAAGAUCGAGAUGAUCCUCACGGUGCGCCUGGAUACUUCUACGACUUUUACGCUCAAGAAAUUAGCGCGCCGCAGCCUUUGGAUGACGAGGAUGAAUUUGGAAAAGACCACGGUAUUAGAAGAAAAACUACGACGAGUUCUUGUUCUUCAGGCGCUUGUGAAGAUGAUGUUGUUCGUCCGGAUAUUAAUUUUUACCUGCAACACGAAUAUGAGCGUUUUUAUAGAAGUACAACACCUCGUGACCACGACGAGCCAUCUUCAUCACGCGGGGCGGGCAAAAACAGUGGAGACCACACUACCACACCUAGUACGAAGAUAUCUUCUGGACGAACAUCAGCCGCGCUGGUGUCUAAGAAGGAGAAAAAGGCUGCAAAGGAGAAGAAAAGCAAGAAAUGA